AUGGGAGACCACUUUGAAAGCCAGGGUAAACCCCCUAGUGUCAUCGUCGUCGGUGCUGGUGCUGGAGGCGUGGCCCUCGCAGCUCGUCUCGCAGCAGCCGGGUGCAAGGUCACUGUAGUGGAGAAGAAUGGAUUUUCGGGAGGAAGAUGCAGCUUGAUACAUCGUAAAGGCUAUAGAUUCGACCAGGGUCCGAGCUUACUACUCCUGCCUCGCUUUUUCCACGAGACCUUCGAGGACCUGGGUACGACGCUCGACGCAGAGGGCGUCAAGCUCGUCAAAUGCGAACCCAAUUACAAUGUCCAUUUCCACGACGACACGUCGUUCAAGUUGUCGACGGACAUUUCCAUCAUGAAAGAGGAGAUUGAACGAUUCGAGGGUAAAGAUGGCUUUGAGCGCUAUCUCUCCUUUUUGCAAGAAUCGCAUCGCCAUUACGAGGUUUCCAUUAUCCACGUGCUGAGGAAGAACUUUUACUCUCUGCUUAGCAUGGUCCGGCCGGCUUUCCUGAUGCAUCUGUUUGAACUUCACCCAUUUGAGAGUAUCUACUAUCGUGCAAGUAAAUACUUUUGGACGGAGAGGCUGCGCAGAGUCUUUACGUUUGCGAGUAUGUACAUGGGUAUGAGCCCGUUUGAUGCUCCAGGAACGUAUAGUCUGUUACAAUACACCGAACUAGCAGAGGGUAUCUGGUAUCCCAUAGGCGGUUUCCACAAGGUGGUUGAGGCCCUUGUCAAUAUUGGUGAACGAUUGGGUGUAGAAUACAUGUUCGACAGCCCCAUUAGAAACAUCCAGCUAUCAGCCGAUGGCAAGCGUGCAACUGGCAUUGUUUUCGAGGACGACAACAAGAAACCCUUGACCGCUGACGUGGUGGUCUGCAAUGCAGAUCUAGCCUAUGCAUACAGUCGACUCCUGCCUUGCAGCUCAUUUGGACGGUCUCUCCUCAAACGCCAGGCUUCUUGCUCCAGUAUAUCCUUCUAUUGGGCUUUAGACCGACAAUUCACCGAACUCAGCGCUCAUAACAUUUUCCUUGCAGAAGACUACAAGGAAAGCUUUGACAGCAUCUUCAAGCAGCACUUGAUACCAGACCAGCCGAGCUUCUAUGUCAACGUUCCCUCCCGUGUCGACCCUUCUGCUGCCCCUGAAGGAUGCGACUCCCUCGUUAUCCUGGUACCCGUUGGACACUUGCAGGACUCCUUCACGGACGCCCAUAAAGGGUCGAAAGGCACAAACGGCCUAACGCAAGACUGGGAUACCAUGGUCGCUACAGCACGCAGCAUGAUCCUCAAAAUCAUGGAGGCUCGCCUCAAGAUAUCUCUCGGUCCCCACAUUAUCGAGGAAACAAUCAACACGCCGCCAACGUGGAAAUCCGCCUUCAAUCUCGACCGCGGCGCUAUCCUCGGUCUGAGCCAUUCAUUCUUCAACGUCCUGAGCUUCAGGCCCAAGACAAAGCAUCGGUCCAUCGAGGACCUGUACUUUGUCGGCGCCAGCACGCAUCCCGGAACUGGUGUGCCCAUUGUAUUGGCUGGUGCAAAAUUGGUCGCGGAACAGAUAUUGGAGGACCGCCACCAGGAGUCUUACAUCCCAUGGGGCAAAGCAACUACUUCACAGAAAAAGCAAGGUUCAACAAGUCACUUGGAUCGUACGCAAAACGGACCGUAUUUGAGUUGGUUGGUUUGGAUCCUGUUGAGUGUGUUUAUGACUGUUGUUGCAUCGGGAGCCUGGGUUUCUCGCAAUGGUGGUGGGUUGAUGGGUGACUGGUAA